GUCGGGCGGCUCGGCAGUAGGGCGGCUCGGCUGCUCAGCUGCUCGGCGGCAGGGCGGCUCGGCUGCUGGGCGGCUCGGCUGUUGGGCGGCUCGGCGGCAGUGCGGCUCGGCUCCCGGGCGGCUCGGUGGCAGGGCGGCUCGGCGGCAGGGCGGCUCGGCUCCCGGGCGGCUCGGCGGCAGGGCGGCUCGGCUCCCGGCGGUUCUGCUGCUAGGCGGCUCCCGCAGGUAGGGCGGCGGUAG